UCCCAUUGUAUUUAAGCUCACUUUGAGCCUUCAGUAAAUCAUUUUUUAAGCAUUUGUAGAACUUACACACCUAAUCUUCGGAUGUUAGCCAAAGUUAUUUUGUUUCUCUGUUGGGCGGCUUUCGCCAGUGCCCUUCAGUGUCCCGUAUGUACAGAGAAGGGCAACCCCGCCUCGUGCACUGAAGUCGUUGACUGCCACCAGGAUCACGACGUAUGUGAGUUCACGCUUCACUUGAGAGAUGAAAACAGACUGGAAUUCACGUGCCGCAACAGACCCGCCUGCAACCACCAGGAGCUCCAAGACUGUGACGUCAACCAGCACGAGAGAUGCUGGUUCUGCUGUGCCAGUCUACAGGCGUGUCGGGAACAGGCGCACCUCGUCUUUAACACUCUAUUGACGACACCGGUGCCAACCACCGCAACACCUACAACACCUACAACACCUUCAACCACCACCACACCUACAACAACCACAUCACCUACAACAACUACGACAACCACACCAGCACCCCCCAACAUGUGCAUCCAGUGUAACGUGAGUGAACCUUGUGACGCCUACACCGUGCAGGUGACCCCACCCAAAUUGUGCCCCCAGUCGGCGCCAUAUUGUUUCACCAAUAUCGUCCAGAUCAACGACAAAAAGGACAUCUUUAAAGGGUGCGCUGACCACGACUUCUGCAUGUCCAAGUACUGGACCACCUCAGCUAACAACCAGGACUGUAAAGCUGUAGACUUCACGGGCAUGACCGUCGACUGCACCUUCUGCUGUACCGGUGUGGGUUGUAACCUUCCCGUCAGACCGUUCGACAUCAACCUCGUCAACUUUCAGUAGUUAGUUCGACAUCAACCUCGUUAACUAUCAGUAGUUAUCUCCUCCUGGAGGGAUAUCUCAUACUUUAACGUCUUUUAUAAACAGUGAGAUUUUAUUGUAAAAAUAAUGUAAAAAAAUAAACAUC